CGUAUCAUCGUGCGCCGGCGCCUUCCACUGCUACCGCCACCAUGGAAUCCAACAGGGACGAAGCGGAGCGUUGUAUUGCUAUCGCGGUAGCCGCAAUCAAGGCCAAUCAGACUGAGAAGGCCCGCCGUUUCUUGGAGAAGGCACAACGGCUGUACCCGUCUCAGCGGGUCCGCGCACUGCUGGACUCACUCACUGAGAGCCAACAGCCAGCUGAUGACCGUUCACAGCACAAGGAGUCCACCAACCCCAGUUGUCGGAAAAGGAGUGAGGAUUUUGCUUCUGCCAAUGGAGAAGCAGGGGGUGAUAUCAGCAAAGGUUACACUCAGGAUCAAGUGGAUGCUGUGAAGAGGGUGAAACAAUGUAAAGACUAUUAUGAAAUUCUGGGCGUGAACAGGGAUGCCUCUGAUGAGGAUCUGAAGAAGGCCUACCGGAAAUUAGCCCUGAAAUUUCAUCCUGAUAAAAAUCAUGCACCAGGUGCCACAGAGGCAUUUAAAGCCAUUGGGAAUGCAUAUGCAGUACUGAGCAAUCCAGAGAAAAGGAAGCAGUAUGAUCAGUUUGGAGAUGCAAAAGUCAGCUCCACGCGACAUGGCCCUGCAGACUUCAACCGAGGCUUUGAGGCUGAUAUUUCCCCGGAAGAUCUCUUCAAUAUGUUCUUUGGUGGUGGUUUUCCCUCUAGUAAUGUACAUGUAUAUAGCAAUGGCAGGAUGCGAUAUACCUACCACCAGCGGCAAGACAGACGAGAACAUCAAGGCGACGGUGGCCUUGGGCUGUUUGUCCAGCUGAUGCCUAUCCUCAUUCUCAUUAUCGUGUCUGCCCUCAGCCAGAUGAUGGUCUCCAGUCCACCUUACAGUUUGAGCCACAGACCGACUGUUGGCCAUGUAUUUAAAAGAACGACUGAACAUUUGAAAGUAUCUUACUAUGUAGGUGACAGCUUUGCAGAAGAAUAUACAGGCACGAAUCUUAAAAAUGUAGAAAGGAGCGUGGAAGAUGAUUAUAUUGCAAACCUCAGAAAUAACUGUUGGAAAGAAAAACAGCAGAAGGAGGGCUUACUGUACCGGGCACGCUACUUUGGCGAUUCGGAUCUGUAUCAGAGAGCACAGAAGAUGGGUACACCCAGCUGUACCAGACUGUCUGAAGUUCAAGCAUCAAUGCAUGGAUAGCUGUUGCAGAAACAAACAGUCCAUGGAGACCUAAACUCUUCAAAUGCCUGAAGACUUUGGGGGAAGUGCACUGAGCCAAGGAGACAGACUUUCUAUUUAAAGAAUCAGUCCUUAAAUUAAAAUGGCAUUGGAGAAUUAGCAACGCACUACUGCCCUCUCCUCUCUUUCUCUGUCCAGCAUUAGACUUGAACAUCUCUUAAAACAAGGAGGAAAAAGACGGCUGGUCUUUUUUUCUCCCUCUCUUGCUGUCAUAUCCCUUCCUCGGGAUUCUGCCAUCCUGAGAGCAAUUGUUGAAUUGCUUUUAUUUCCUUUCAAGGUCUGCAGAAAACCAGGCGCAGUGGAGAAAGUCUUCUGCAAUUGCACUAGUCACUUCAGAGAGCAAGGGAGGAACUGGAAGAGCUGUAGGAAUGAAAGAAAAUUAAUUUUAAAAGACACUAUUUAGAAUUUAACGUACCAUUGUAAAUAUGUUGUACUUCUAAACUAUGCAGGGAUAGAAUUAAAUUAUUUCAUUAUUUUUCUUUUUCUUUCUUUUUCUUUUUCUUUUUCUUCUGAACUUCAUAAUCCAGUAUCUGUGAAUUCUAGCCUCUUUUUCCCUACCCAGGCCCUCACCCCCUUUUCUGGCCCAAUGUCAUGUUUUCUAUCAAUGGCAAUCUUAUCUGACAAUACAAAUGUUUUAUAUUUUUUAAUGGCUUGGACUUUCUGGGAAAAAAAAGUAAAUUCCCAGACCUUGAAACAGUUUUCUUUUUUAAAUAUGAAAUACUGAGCCCAAUAGAUAUAUUUUCUACGUGCACAUUUUGGCCCAGUUUUGGAUUUGCAGUGCAUUGGGGGCUUCUUGCUAGAGCACUUGCUCUUCCUAAAGAAUGGAGAACAAAUUGUCUCAAAUGGUCUUGAGUUCACCAGGAUUGCUUUUGCUGUGUGGACUUUUAUUUUUUUAUGUUUUGCAGAUUUUUCAUUUUCUCCCUUGCAAUCAGGGUUCAUUCUGCUACACAGAGGGUUUUUUUCUCCACAAGUGAUGUCCCCUUGUCUGUUUUCCCCUGCUCCCCAGUCAGAUUUUCUCUUGCCCUACAAAAUAGCUUUUCCUUGACAAAAUGCUACCGCUGAUUUCAUUCCAGGAACUACUGUCCGCUGGCGUGGCCUACCAAGCAGUGGUGCAGCUACAUAUUUUUCUCUUCUGUUUGGUGAGACUUGGAUGGCCCUUCUCUCUAGAAGAAGGAAAGGCUGUGCAGCAACAGUGCUUAAAGACUCUUGUGAGAACCUUCCUCAGGAGAACAGGCCAUCUUUGUCAAAAGAAGUUUUGGUACUUUCCAUUAUUUAAGCAACUGAAAGAGGCAAAGAAUCAUUCUUAUUACUUGACUGGACUGUGAAGUCCAACUUCCGUUUGAAAAAAAAUGGUACAAAAUGCCAGACUUUUUUUUGUCUUUUAAGUCCAUACAAUGCUGUCAGAAGAGCCUUAAGAGAAGUUACUUGAAACAGCUGAGCCAUCAACCAGAGUAACAGUUAAUGCUCCUAGGUCCCAUAAGCCUCGUCAUCCUGAAUUAGCAGUAAUCUGAAGAUGCUUCCACUCCUGCAAGGGGUCUUGUGUUUUCGUUAGUCAAAGAAGCAUUCCCUUUGUGUGCAUGGAUCAGCUCCCACCAUCAAAGCAAAUCAGCGCUCAGUCCAAAUAUGUUAAGGGAUGGCUUAGUCAUGCUAAGUAAGCAGCGUUACCAUUAAUUACUUUACACUGGAAUCUUCUUUAUGUUGCUGUUAGUUUUGUCCAGAAACUUUUUUCUGUACAAUUGGCAAACUUCCAUCUAAAGACUUGUUCAGAAUUACCCAAGUACCAAAUAAGAGCUCAGGUGGAUGACGGGAGGUCUGAUAAUUGUGUUAUUUCUUUGGCAUUGACAAGUGAAUAUUGAUUUAAACCAAGUUACUGGGUUUUCUUUUCCCUGUGAUAAGUGGCCACCUUGGAGGGCGAAUCCAUAUGUCUGCAGUCCCAAAGAGGCCGCUGUCUGCUGUCCCGGGAUAGCAGGCCCUGGCUCCUCGAAAGCUCAUCCCUGUUGAUUAGUGUUCAAUGACCCCUUGAGUUCCAGCCAUUUUGAAGGGUCACUUGUUUGGCUGCACAGCACAAAAUUAUCGGCUUCUCAGAUGGCAGCAGGAGCCCCAGGCCCUAACAGAGCUUUUGAUUUCUUAAGUAGAUAGCCGGGGAUGAAUGAGCAAUGUGCAAUAAAAAGCAUAGGUCUUGAAAGAUAUUCAGGAAGGCUGUAUUUCUUAAUUAUAUAAUUGUACAUCUAUAAAUAAAGGUUUAUAACA